AGAGACGAGCGGAAGUUCAACGGCAAAAAACCGGGAUAAUUAAAACAAAAAGUACUAAUAUUAAGCAAAGCAGUUGUGGCACAGUUUUGUAAAAGCAAGUGAAAUGUUCCGAAUCAAAUGUGCGCGUGAAUCGUGUUUGCAAAACCGCAACUUCCGUAGUCUAUUGCUGCUUCCGCUUGCGCUACUAUUUUUCGACAUAAGUUCCGGUAUCUCAAUCGAGGCGGACACUGCAAAGCAUUCUCCUACAGCGGACGUUGACUCUUCGACGAAUAUCUCCACAGCCAAUAGGCUGCCACGUUCGCUUCGUCUUCCAAACACCACAUAUCCCUUACAUUAUUACCUACACAUUACAUCGAAUAUACAUCGCGAAGAGUUCGAGUAUGUUGGUAAUGUUACUAUUGAAAUCGCGAUACGCGAAUCCACCAACGAAAUCGUAUUGCAUGCAAAGAAUCUCAGCGAUUUUGCGAUUUCAAUGCUUGAGCUACACACUCACGAGAAACUGGACGACCUCACAUAUACAUACGAUCCGCAUACUAGCUUCUUAAUCAUACACCCGAUCGAGAACUAUCAAGCCUUUGAAGCUGGUCAACACUAUCGCUUGGAAAUAUUAUUCAAGGGUUUAAUGCAUGAGGACACCUUCGGAAUCUACUGGAUGACCUACGGUGAUGAGAAAAAUAAUACAGUUUAUGUGACGGCUACGCAAUUCGAGCCGACCAGUGCUCGCUUGGCCUUCCCCUGCUACGAUGAGCCAUCAUUCAAGGCAAACUUCACUAUCAGCCUCACGCACAGCAAUUAUUACACAGCCAUCUCAAAUAUGAUGGUGCGUCAAAUUGAACUGAAUAUUGACGCAAAUGCAGCACUCGAUGACAACGAUACAUCAAUGGUGACAACCACGUUCCACACCACGCCCGCCAUUUCCACUUACUUGGUCGCAUUUGUCAUCUCCGAUUUCGUGUACAUUUCGGAGGAAUAUCGCGGUGUCGUCCAACGCAUAUUCACCUCACCUCGCAUCACCGAUAAGGGGCGCAAAGCUUUGAAGAAUGCAGUGCACACGGUCGCCAUGUUGGAAGACUACUUUGGCAUAGAUUAUCCGCUAGCGAAAUUAGAUCACAUUGCAUUGAAGAAAAAUUUUGGCUCAGCCAUGGAAAACUGGGGUCUAAUUACCUACAAAGAGGACAAUUUGGUGCAACGGGAUGCUGCGGAUUUACAUAAGAAAUUGAAGGACAUACUAACACAAAAUCACGAAAUCGCGCAUCAAUGGUUCGGUAACUUAGUGUCGCCACAAUGGUGGACAUACGCAUGGUUGAAUGAGGGCUUUGCCACAUAUUUCGGUUAUGUAGUUACGGAUUUGCUUUAUCCCGAAUAUAAAACCAUGGAUUUCUUUUUGACCGAUAUAGCUGAGCGCGCCUACAGUUACAACUACAUGACCGUACGUCCGAUGACCUACUACGUAGAGAAAGAGUCAGAAAUUAUUUCUGUUUUCGAUAUCAUAUCCUACCAAAGAGCUGCCUGUGUAAUCAAGAUGUUCCACCACGCUUUUAACCAGAAGACUUUUGUACGUGGCGUUAGCAAUUAUUUGCGUAAAUAUCAAUUUACUGUGGCCAAUGAGUUGGAUUUGUUCGACGCAGUGCAAUCUGCCGUUGCUGAAGACCCCUCUUUCAGCCAGCUAGCAUGGAGUCAGCACUCUGUACGCAGUAUUAUGCUCUCAUGGACGCACAGCGAAUGGAUUCCUAUAGUCAGCAUUUCAAGGGACUACGAACAGAAUACUAUCACUAUAAGACAACGUUCAAAGAACCAGAACUCACGCGAAUACUGGUGGAUACCUUUGAACUUCGCAAGCGCUUCCGCGCCAAAUUUUGAGCGUACAAGCGUCGAUUACUUUAUGCCACCCGUGGCUGAGGUGACAUUGAAUGCAAGCGAUUUAGGCAUCGAACUACGAUUAGAUGAUUGGCUCAUUGUUAACAAGCAGCAGACGGGCUUUUACCAUGUACUCUACAAUGAUGCGAAUCUUUGGCUGAUUGCGAAGCAAUUGCACGACAAUCACACACUCAUACAUCCACUUAAUCGCGCUGCCAUCUUUCAAGAUUUAGGACCACUCAUUGAGAACAACGAAAUACAAUCAGUGGAUGUGAUAUUCGAAUUGCUACAAUAUCUGCAAUAUGAGGAGAAUCUUAUACCGUGGAAUCAAGUAGCCGACACAAUCGUGUUUCUAAGCAAGAAUCUCUUUGGAACUCUCUCACACAAGAUGUACCAUCACUUUGUGCGCGAAUUGAUCAGACCAAUGUUCAAACGACUAUUCGAAAUGCCGCUAAAUGAAAACCUCACUAACACCGAGCUGUUGGCGAGACAAAAGAUCAUGGAAAUGGCUUGCUUGGUCGAUCUGAAGGAAUGUCUGGACUACACACAUAAUCUGGCGCACGAGUAUAUAUUCGGCAGUGUGAAACUCGACAGCGACAUGAACUAUUAUGCCAUGUAUGAGACCAUACUCUGUUUGGGCGUGAAGUAUCUUAGCGACGAGGAGUUCAAUGAUAUUUUGGAUUUGUUUGCCAAAGCGGAGCGCGAAACACUGUGGUACGAUGAUCUGAUUUAUUCGUUGCGUUGCACCCAGAGCCAAACGCAUCUUCGGCAAUAUCUCAACCUCUUGCUGGGCGAGAAUUCCACCAAAAGCAUUAUGAAUGACAGCGAAUCCAUGAUGUAUUUGUUCUAUUUGUUCAAAAGUAAUCUUGCUGCACGUCCAGUGAUGUGGGAGUUCUUUGAGAGCAAUUACCGCGUGCUCUGCCGUUCGCAAAUGUUUGUUGAAAACUUCAAUCGCAUCGCCGAAUACAUGACGAGACUCUAUCAUAGUCAGUUCCUAGAUUUACGUAAUAAGAUUGACAUAGAACUGCAGAAGGUCGGUCGCGAAAAAAGCAUCAUUGCAGCCGAUUCGAUUCGCAUUGGUAAGAAGGUUAAAAUCAGUGAGACGUUUCUUGAGAAAUUCAACAAUCAAAUUUACGAAUGGUUGAAGCGACGCCAACAAUCUACGUAUGCGGCAUCUUUGGGUGUGCGCAGCAGCGCCGCACAGAUUGGGCACAUGUUUCGUGUGGCGGGGAAGUUCCUGCGCAAUGUGCUUAUCAAGAAGGCCUCAAUAAAUGUGUGCCGUUUAUUUCGUUUAUUGAGCUACGGCCGCUUAGUUCGCAAAAUGAUUCGCGGUCAAUUAGCAGUUAACGUUGUCCUUUGGACCACGAUCACCAUCAUCGUAUCCGGUUUGGCGAUAUCCGAAGCGACAAUAGGACAUCUACCGCCACUGUAUGGCGAAAAUUUCAACGCACGUAUCUCUGAUAAAGAAUCAGGAAACGAUUAUAGCUUGCGAGAUGAUACCAACUACCGCUUACCGAACAACACCGAACCCAUACAUUACAAUAUCGAUUUAACCACUAAUGUGCAUAAUGGCACCAGAAACUUCACAGGCCAAGUUCAAAUUUUACUGACGGCCAUCGAGGAUACAAGGACUAUUGUGGUGCAUGCACGUCAACUUGACAGCUUUGUGGCUACCAUUCAAAAUGCGGACGAACUAAACGCGAUUACCUAUGAAAUGAGUUGGUCAUACGAAGAAGCACGAGAAUUCCUUAGCUUAACGCCGGUAAAUACAACUCUCAGUUUAAUUAAAGGUACCAACUGGACUUUGACUAUUGCGUAUAAAGGAGAAUUAGGUACCACCACUUCGGGAUUCCAUAUGCUCUCCUAUACAGACGAGUUGAAUACACCACAUUAUAUGGCAACGACACAAUUCGAGUCCACAAAUGCACGUCACGGGUUUCCUUGUUACGAUGAACCAGCCAAACGUGCCACCUUCACAAUAACGAUUAGGCACGAUGACUCUUACAGUGCUCUCUCCAAUAUGCCGAAAAACGAAACUGCCAGCUCGGACGGCGUUACUGUGUUCGAUAAGACCAAUGUGACUGUUCCCACAUAUUUGAUUGCUUUUCAUGUAUCCGAUUAUGUGUGGUCUGAGGGCGUGCUGCAUUCACUGCCACACCGCCUUUAUUCCAAGCCAGGAACUGCUGAAAAUCAUGAAUUCGGUCUAGUCUCGGGCAUAUUGAUCUUACAGCGUUUAGCCGAUUUGUACAAUGUGCCAUUUGCUUUGCCGAGAAUGGUACAAGUGGCAAUACCCGGCAAGGGUGGCGCUAUGGAAAAUUGGGGAUUGGUCACGUAUGGUGAAGCGUACUUGCUCUUUAAUAAAAGUUCUUCAACGACGAGUUCACAGACUUCAAUCGCCAAUAUAAUUGCACACGAAUUUACUCACCAAUGGUUUGGCAAUCAUGUAACAGUCAGGUGGUGGACAUAUUUGUGGCUAAAGGAAGGCUUCGCCACACUCUAUUCAUACCAUGCAGUGGAUGAAGUUUAUCCAGAAUGGGACGUCUAUCAAAUGUGGCAUACUGCCGAUUAUCAAUCGGCACUAACCAAUGAUGGAAGAGGUACUGUAGUUCCAAUGACCCAUUAUGCGCAAACGUCAGCUGAGAUUUCGGCGCGUUACGGCACAUCUUCUUAUGCCAAAUCCGCCUGUGUACUCUCCAUGUGGCAACAUGCUUUGGGCGAUGAAGUCUUUCGUUCCGGCUUAAACAAAUAUCUAACCACGAACCAGUUCGGUUCGGGCGAAGAAUGGGAUCUGUUCGACGCGUUGCAGAGCGCGGUUACCGAACACAAAAUCAGUAUUCCUGCAAACUUAAAUGUAAUGUUGCCCACAUGGUCGCAGCAAUCUAGCUAUCCGCUACUCACGGUGACUCGCAAUUAUGCCACAAACACAUUCACUGUCACACAAACCGCAUAUCAUGACAAUGUAACCAUUAAUUCCGGCAAUACCUACUACGUCCCAUUCAACUAUGCUUCUCGCUCGAAUGCAGAUUUUCGUAAUACCACAGCUACGCACUAUCUACUCAAUACGAAAGAAAUUAAUAUCACAGAUACGGGAGUUGCCGCUGAUGAUUGGUUGAUUUUGAAUAAACAAUCCACCGGCUACUAUCGCAUUAACUACGACGAACAAAAUUGGCUACUUAUUGCUGCGGGUUUGAUAGAUCGCCCAUACAAUGUUCACCACCGCAAUCGCGCUCAACUCUUAUACGAUGCCUAUAAGUUCGUUUCUAAUGAUCGUUUGUCACAGAAAAUUCUUCUGAAUUUGUUGGCCUAUCUACCCGGCGAGGAUCAGUAUGCCCCUUGGUCAGCAGCCAACUCUAUCAUAACGACUUACAAUGCAUACCUCAGCGGACACUCCGACUACAAUAACUUCAAAGAGUUCAUUGCUCCACUGGUAAAAAAUAUAUACGAGCAGUUGGGUGUCAAUGAAAUGUCCGGCGAACAGCUACUACGCAAAUUCACACGAAAUAUUGCAAUUAAUCUGGCCUGUUUAGUAGGUAAUGAGGACUGUCUAAACGAUGCCAAUACUAAAUUGAGGGAUGUCAUCUACAAUGGCAUUGCCAUCGAACCAAAUCUAAAAUCGCAAGCUUACUGUAAUGGUCUACGUCAGUCUACUAAUGAUGAUUACAAUUACUUCUUAAAUGAUCUCCUAAAAUCAAGCGAUUCAACGUAUCGUAGCACCCUGUUAAGUGCACUGGGUUGUUCCGAAAAAGAAGAGCAAUUGCAAUUAUUUGUUAACAGCGCCAUAAACUUGGGCAACGCGUUUACUAGUUCGGAGCGCACCUCCAUAUUGAGGGCAACCUAUUCGCGCAGUAUAACUGGUCUGUUGGUCAGUAUUGAUUUCCUCAAUACUAAUUGGGAAGCAUACUCCAAUCUCUCAAACAGUACAGGCUCCGCUAAUCCGCUCAGCAGUGAUAUAGUGAGAAUGAGCAGUUAUGUGAAUAAUGAAAGUCAAAAGCAGAAGCUCCUUGCGCUGGUAGACACAGUAAAGAGCAGCACUAAAGUGCAAGCGAAUCUAGAGGACACAGUAAACUCAAAUAUGCAGGUGAAUUUUGACUGGCUGGACAAAAAUAGCGCAGAGAUUAUUUCGUUUGUGAAGAGUUACGGACGUAGUGGAAGUGCAGCAAUUAGCGCAUCCCUCUUAUCUGUGUUAAUGGCGAUCUUUUUGACGCUUCCACGAUUGCGCUGCGGCCGCCUAGAUCGCGAAAUGUACCGCAACAUCAAAGUGAACGGGUGUGUUGUCCUUUUAGCCGUAUUGGCCUUUAUUAUAUCCUGCGAAGCGGCAACACACGGUAUCCCGCCACAGUAUGCUGAGCAUCCUGCAGCACGUGUUGUGGACGGGCAAAUCGUUGCUUACGGUGAAACGCGCGCCGAUUUGGAUUAUCGGUUACCAAACGCCACCGAACCAGUGCACUAUGACGUUGAACUGACGACGGAUGUGCACAAUGGCACGAAGGAAUUCACAGGCACUGUGAAAAUUCUGUUAAAAGUUAUCGAGGAUACAAGGACCAUAGUUUUGCAUGCUCGUCAAUUGGCAGAAUUCAAUGCAACCGUUACAAACGCAAACGAAACGAGUGGUACUCUGGAGCAGCUAAGCACCGCGUAUGAGGAGAAACGUGAAUUUCUUAGUCUAACACCAACAAACCAGUCACUCACCUUUAGCAAAGGCACUUUUUGGGUUUUAACCAUCGCUUAUGCAGGGGAAUUGCGUACCGAUAAUGGUGGGUUUUACUUGUCCACCUAUAGUGAUGAAGAAGGCAAUGAACGUUAUUUAGCAACGACACAAUUUGAGUCGACCGAUGCUCGUCAUGCAUUCCCGUGCUACGAUGAACCUGCCAAGCGUGCGACAUUCAACAUCACUAUUAAUCAUGAUCCCUCAUUAAAUGCCAUAUCGAAUAUGCCUCUGGAUGAAGAGAGAAGCAGACCUGGCUAUUCCGUCUUCCCAGAGACUGUUAUUAUGCCAACUUAUUUAGUAGCGUUCAUUGUGUCUGACUUCGAAUAUACCGAAGGUAUGUUGAACGCACUUCCACAGCGUGUCUACAGUCGACCGGGCACAACUCAGAAUCAGGAAUGGGCUUUGGUGUCCGGUAUGUUGCUGAUACAGCGUCUUGCCGAGUAUUACAAUGUGGAUUUCGCAUUGCCAAAAAUGUAUCAAGUGGGCGUGCCAGACUUUGCCGCUGGUGCUAUGGAAAACUGGGGCUUAGUUACAUAUCGGGAGCAAUACACGCUAUACAGCAAGAAUACAUCGACCACAAGUACUCAGACUAAUAUCGCCACUAUCAUCGCUCACGAAUACUGUCAUCAAUGGUUUGGCAACUUAGUAACUCCAAAAUGGUGGACGUAUCUUUGGCUGAAAGAAGGUUUUGCUACCUUGUUCUCUUGGCAGGCGACAGAUGAGGCUUAUCCUGAAUGGGACAUUUACCAGAUGUUCCUUACCGACGACUAUCAAACCGCACUUACUAGAGAUGGUACAGGCCAAAUGAACCCGAUGACACAUUACGUACAAACUCCAUUUGAAAUCUCGCAGCGUUACGAUUCAAUUUCGUAUUCGAAAGCCGGUUCAGUGCUUUAUAUGUGGCAGUGUGCACUGACUGACGAAGUGUUCCGCCUAGGGCUGAAUCUUUAUUUGACAACGAAUCAAUAUGGUGCUGCGGAUGAGUAUCAACUUUUCGAAGCUCUGGGUAUUGCGGCUGGUGCACAAAACGUGCCGCUGCCUGCCACCAUGGCGGCUAUGUUCUCAAGUUGGUCUCAACAAUCCAGUUAUCCUCUACUCACCGUUACACGUAAUUACAACAAUAACACAUUCACCAUAACUCAAGAAGCUUUCUACGAUAAUACCGACCUAAAAUCAGACAAAACUUGGUACAUCCCCUUGAAUUAUGCCCACAAAUCAAAUCCCGACUACCGUAACACCACCGCAUCGCAUUUUAUGCUCAAAACGAAAGAAAUCGAAAUCAGCGAUAAUAGUCUAGCAGCUGAUGAUUGGUUGAUUCUCAAUAAACAAUCGACCGGUUUCUAUCGCAUCAAUUACGAUGAACAAAACUGGAACCUUAUCAUCGAUGAGCUGAAAUCACGUCCAUACAAAUUCCAUCCACGCAAUCGUGCUCAACUUAUUCAUGACGUCUACAAGUUCAGUUCUACAGGUCGUCUCGACCAAGCCAUGCUGUUGAAUUUGAUGGAAUAUAUGACGAACGAAGAUCAGUACGCACCUUGGUCUACUACCUACAGUGUAAUCAGCACAUUCAUUAAAUAUCUGAGUGGCGAUAGCGAAUACAAAAAUUUCCAACUCUUCGUGGCCUCAAUAGUGACCGGACUUUAUGAGAAGUUGGGUGUGAAUGAUAUAUCUGGCGAGCAUCAUCUUACCAAGUUCAUACGUAAUAUGGCCAUUAAUCUCGCCUGCUUGUCAGGCAUGGAGAGUUGUCUAGAGGAAACUAAUAGUAAAUUGAAGGGACUAGUUAGCAAUGGUAUCGCAAUCGAACCAAAUUUGCAAUCUUAUAUAUACUGCAAUGGACUGCGCCAGUCCGGUGAUGCAGAAUUCGAUUUUGUUUAUAACCAAGUGUUACAAUCAGAUGAUCAAGCGUUACGCACCUCACUCACCUCUACAUUGGGUUGCUCACAAACCAGGUCUCAAUUACAAAAAUUUGUUGCUAGCUCAAUCGAUAUGUCGGUCGAUUGGCGUACGCAAGAGCGCAUCACUCUACUCAGUGCGGCGUAUUCGCGUAGCAGUGUUGGACUUUUAGUGUGUAUUGAGUUCCUUAACGAAAAUUGGGAGGCAUACAGUAAUUUGAAUUCUGGUUUCGGUGGCGAUAACCCACUUAAUGCAGCAAUGGUCGGUAUGGCCAAUUAUGUAGUUAAUGAGGAACAACAAACCGAAUAUUUGGCGUUGCUGACUAAGGUAAAGGACGGUGGUAAGGUACAAGACAAUUUGGAGACGAUCGCCAAAGCAAAUAUUCAAUCUAAUUUUGACUGGUUGAACAGAAAUCGUGAUCCGAUUAUGGUGUGGAUGAAAGAGUUUGCUAAGGGUGGCAGUGCCACACUUAGCGCCACAUUUGUAUCAUUUUUCACUGCGUUUACGGUUUUGUUGGUGCAUUAUUUGUAGAUGAAUUAGAAUAGCUUUGUUACUGUAACAAUAUGCGGAUAGAUUUAUUUAAAUGAGGAGCUUUAACAGAAACUAAAAUAUUGCUCAAACUGAAAGAAGUGCACAAAUCCAAUAAAAAAUGAAAGAAGAUAGUUAUUUUCUUCUUAGCAUACCUUUAUUGACUACAAAUGGGUGUUCUGGCUUAAAAAUACAUCUCCGGAGAUAUCAGUAUUCAGUGCUGUUCCUAUUUCUUAGAGGACUGUAAACUAGUUACGAUCACUUUUGUUUCUAUUUCCAUGUAAUAUGUAAAUUUUCAUUAUUAAGAAGUAAAGAUUUUGAAAACAUUUAGUUAAUAAAGUGUUUCUUAAAAUAUUUCUAAAUA